AUGGUGCAAGAGCUAGUGGACAAGCUACCGCCAAGCUACAAGCUGGAAUGGGUCAGAUUUAAACGAGGAAGAGAAGGCACGCCUAUAAGAAAAUUCACUAAUUUCAUCACCGAGAUCGUUGCGGAUGUAUCCGAAGUGGCAGAUUUCUCCGUGGCUGAAAAGGAACAAAUGCGACCUGCCAGGACAAGCCCUAGUAAAAAGGAGUAUGUGCAUUUACAUGACUCAGGCCCAGAGCGAAGCGUCACUUCACAAUGCGGAACAUUCAGCAAGGCGUGUUGGAUUUGCAAUAGAACGGAUCACAUGAUCAAAUUCUGUGACGAUUUCAAGAAAAUGAACCUAGCGGAUCGCUUGAAAGCGGUCGAACGAGAAAAGUUGUGCGGUAUUUGUCUGAACAAACACGGUAGCCACCGGUUUAAUUCUAAGAUUCGCUGUAAUAUCAGGAAUUGUCGAGGAAACCACCAUCCUCUUCCACAUCGUGCAGAAGGGACGGUCCAGAUGCAGAAGGUCGUAUGCAACACGCACGAUGAAGGAAGAACAGUAAUUUUCCGCGUGGUACCAGUAACGCUGCACGCUGGAAAUAACAGAUUUGAUACACUGGCCUUUCUUGACGAGGGAUCGUCCACGACUCUUGUGGAUGAAAUAGUAGCGAAUCACCUACAAGUGACUGGCAAAUGUGAGCCUCUUAUUGUUACGUGGACUGGAAACGUUAACCGUUUUGAAAAUAGUUCACGAAAGAUAGAAAUUUCACUAUCAGCGAGAGGUUCGAAGCGAAUGUUUCCAUUAGAAAAUGUACGAACAGUUACAAAACUAGACUUGCCGAAACAGGAGCUACGAUUUUCACAGAUAGCGGUCAAAUAUAAGCAUUUGGAAAGUGUACCCGUGCUAGAUUAUCCGUUGGAGCAACCGACGAUUCUCAUUGGUUUGGACAAUUUACAUUUAUUUGCGCCACUAGAAUCGCGGGUUGGUGCUAAGAAUGAGCCGAUUGCUGUACGUAAGAAAAUGGGUUGGACCAUCUACGGGCCAGAAAAGAAUAAGGUGGGGGCGAAAGCUUAUUUGAAUCUACACUCGACUUUACCAGUCAGUAACCAACAAUUGCACGAUAUGCUGCAGACCCAGUACGUGCUGGAUGAAACCGGUGUGUCGUGUUUCGCUAUCCCUGAGCCGAAGGAAGAUAUGCGGGCGAAGGAUAUUCUCAAAACGACGACGAAGCGAGUGGGAAAGCAUUUCGAAACCGGAUUAUUAUGGCGCGAGGAUAAACGACGUUUUCCGGAUAACUAUUCAAUGGCUGUGCGCAGAAUGCAAGCCUUGGAACGUAAGCUAAGCAAAAACCCAGCGUUGAAACAGAACGUGUGUCAGCAAAUUGUGGAUUACCAAGUCAAGGGGUAUGCGCAUAAAGCGACGGAAUCAGAGCUCACUGAAACGCCGCUUAAGAUAGUAUGGUAUUUACCGCUAAAUGUUGUGGUUAACCCACGGAAGCCUGAAAAGGUGCGCCUAGUAUGGGACGCGGCUGCAUCGGUUGGUGGUAUUUCCCUUAAUUCUGAGCUUAUAAAAGGGCCGGAUAUGCUUGUGGCACUCCCUAGGGUGAUAUGUCACUUCCGAGAACGUCCUGUCGCAUUCGGAGGUGACAUUAAAGAAAUGUAUCACCAGAUACUAAUUCGACAGGAGGAUAAACAAGCGCAACGGUUUCUAUUCAGAGCGAGCUCGGCAGAGGCCCCGCAGGUAUAUGUUAUGGAUGUGGCCACCUUCGGGUCCACCUGUUCGCCUUGCCAGGCACAAUAUGUAAAAAAUCGGAACGCGGAAUCAUUCGCGGAAAAUUACCCAGAAGCAGUGGAAGCGAUUAUCAGUCGGCACUAUGUUGACGACUAUUAUGACAGCGUUAACACCACGGAAGAGGCAAUCAAAAGGGCCGACGAAGUUAAAUAUAUUCAUUCGCAGGCUGGGUUUCAUAUGAGAAACUGGGUUUCAAACUCAGCUGCGUUUCUAGAGCAUUUUGGCGAGGGGAUUGCGGAUUCGACUGUGCAUUUCAACCGGGACAAAGGUACUGAAUAUGAACGCCUGCUUGGUGUCGUAUGGGAGUCGACUGAGGAUGUUUUCUGUUUCGCAUCAGCCUCGAAGACAGAGUUUUCCGAGAUUCUACAGGGAAAGCAAUGUCCUACAAAAAGAAUGGUUCUUAGCUUCGUGAUGGCGCAAUUUGAUCCGGCGGGCUUUCUGGCGCCGCUCGUUGUUCGGGGGAAGAUGCUAGUACAGGAUUUAUGGAGAUCUGGCUGCGAAUGGGACGAUCGCAUUGAUGAUGUUUCAUUUAAGAAAUGGAUGCGGUGGACGCAACUUAUGCGUCAGGUUAAAUUAAUCAAAAUUCCACGAAGCUAUUUUGGCAACGCAAUGUCGCACGAAAUACAGGAUCUACAGCUGCAUAUUUUUGCAGACGCCAGUGAGACCGCAUACGGUUGUGUGGCCUACCUCACCUGUCGGGCGAUUAUACGAGAGCGGGUAGGCUGCGCAUUAGUCAUGAGUCGCUCGAAAGUGGCUCCAUUGAAGCAAAUCUCGAUUCCUCGCCUCGAACUUUUGGCAGCGGUUCUAGCCGCACGGCUUCAGCGAACAGUGGUUGAGAACCAUACGUUCACUAUAAACAAAGUGGUCUACUGGAUCGAUGCAAAUGUAGUUCUAUCGUGA